AUUGGGAGAGGGUUAAGGAUUCAUUCUGUAACAUGUUCAGUUUUUAUCCCAUGUUCCAUAGAAUAUUAUCCUCAGUAAUUUCCUGUAUUGAUGAAUAAUUUUGAUUAGCAAACCACCUCUCCGUAACUGCACUGCAAUUGAGAUCAGGAUGGACCAUGAUCGAGGCAUGGACAACAGUCGUUACCGCUAUGAGGAUGAGGAGGACCAUCAGUCAGUCUACAUCGGUGUGCCAGCGCCCCGUGGUUAUCGUCGUAGGCGGAGACGUUCAUCCACAUCUAGUCGUGAUGCAGAUGUAGAACGAGGGCUUCGUCAUGACCACCACAGACAUGGACGCUAUGAUUGUGAUGACAGAGACCGGUAUGAUCUUGAGGCGGGCAGCCUGGAUCAGCCAGACCACAGCCUGCCACCAGCCAUCAACAGAACCAGUGAGCCCUUAAUCGUGUCCCCAGCAGCAGAGCGACUACGCUACAUUUUAGGGGAUGAGGAGGAGACCAUGCCCACACCAACUCUGUUCACUGAAAUGGACACACUGCAAUACGAGGGAGAUGAGCUGGAGUGGAAAGAAUCAGCUAGGUGGGUGAAAUUUGAAGAAAAGGUCGAGGAGGGUGGGGAGAGAUGGAGCAAACCCCAUGUUUCUACACUCUCCCUUCACAGCCUGUUUGAACUGCGGACAUGCCUACAAACAGGCACCGUGCUGCUAGACCUGGAGGGUUACUCACUCCCACAGAUAGUCGAUGAAAUCAUAGAGCAUCAGAUAGAGGAAGGGUCAAUUGGUCCUGAACUGAGAGAUAAAAUCAGCUUUGUCUUGCUGAGAAAACACAGACACCAGACAAAGAAGCCCAUCCAUCGCUCCUUUGCCGAUCUGGGCAAGUCUGGGACGGGAGGAACUCGGAGCCCAGCCCGAACUCCUGCCACAAGUGCAGCAAAUUUGUACCGCUCUACAGAAGAUCUGCAUACCAAACAAGCAGCCAACUAUGGACGACUACGCCAUGCUCAAAGCAGAAGUAUGAAUGACAUUGCAGAUACACCAAGCACAGACCAGCUGAAGAAUAAAUUUAUGAAGAAAAUCCCCAGAGAUGCAGAGGCAUCAAAUGUUCUGGUGGGAGAAGUGGAUUUCUUAGAGAAACCCUUUGUUGCCUUUAUUCGACUGGCUCAGGCCACCACUCUUGGGGGACUGACUGAAGUCCCAGUGCCCACCAGAUUCUUGUUUGUGCUACUUGGACCUCCUGGUAAAGCCAAAUCUUACAAUGAGAUUGGCCGUGCAAUUGCUACACUCAUGGUGGACGAUCUCUUCAGUGAUGUAGCAUAUAAAGCCAGGGACCGAGAGGAUCUGAUCGCUGGCAUUGAUGAGUUCCUGGACGAGGUUAUCGUGCUUCCGCCUGGAGAAUGGGACCCCAAAAUUCGCAUAGAACCUCCCAAAAAAAUUCCAUCAGCUGACAAAAGGAAGUCUGUGUUUUCCCUCAACGAGUUGGGUCAGAUGAAUGGGACAGCAGGUGGAGGGGGAAACGUUAGUGAGGAUGAGGAGAUGCCUGUGCCACAUGAGCUUGGUGAAGAGCUGGCGUAUACCGGGAGGUUCUGUGGUGGACUUUUCCUUGACAUCAAGAGAAAGCUCUCCUGGUACCCCAGUGACUUCUAUGAGGGCUUCCACAUUCAGUCCAUCUCUGCUGUGCUCUUCAUCUACCUAGGCUGCAUCACCAAUGCAAUCACCUUCGGGGGCCUCCUAGGGGAUGCUACAGACAACUACCAGGGUGUGAUGGAGAGUUUUUUGGGCACUGCACUAGCAGGAACUGUAUUCUGCAUGUUUGGCGGUCAGCCUCUAAUUAUUCUUAGCUCAACAGGCCCCAUCCUCAUCUUUGAGAAACUGCUUUAUGAAUUCAGCAAAAAUAAUGCAAUUGAUUAUAUGGAACUUCGGCUGUGGAUCGGAAUGCACUCUUGCCUGCAGUGCAUCCUCCUGGUUGCCACAGAUGCCAGUUACAUCAUUAAGUAUAUGACCCGCUUCACCGAGGAGGGCUUCUCGAGCCUUAUCUCCUUCAUUUUCAUCUCCGAUGCCAUUAAGAAGAUGGUGGGAUCCUUCAAAUACUAUCCCAUUAACACUGAUUUCAAACCAGACUACGUUACUGCCUACAAAUGCGAGUGUGUGGCGCCAGACCUGAUCCCAGUGCCAGAUAAUACCUCUGCUCUUUUUGGUUUAAAUGUAACAGCUCUGGACUGGACUCAGCUGAGUAAGAAGGAGUGUGUGAAGUAUGGGGGCACACUGGUGGGAAAGUCAUGCAAAUUCGUCCCAGAUCUUGCUCUCAUGUCCUUCAUCUUGUUUUUUGGGACCUACACUAUGACCGUCACUCUGAAGAAGUUUAAGUUUAGUCGCUACUUUCCCACUAAGCUGAGGAAGUUGAUUAGUGACUUCUCCAUCUUCAUGUCCAUCAUGACGUUUGUGGGGCUUGAUAUGCUUAUAGGUUUGAAAACACCCAAACUUAUAGUGCCCACAGAGUUCAAGCCCACACGCCCGGAGCGGGGUUGGUUUGUGAUGCCAUUUGGAAAGAAUCCAUGGUGGGUUUACGUGGCAAGCUCUGUUCCUGCUCUCCUUGUCACCAUUCUCAUCUUCAUGGAUCAGCAGAUCAGUGCUGUCAUCGUCAACCGCAAAGAAAACAAGUUGAAGAAAGGUUGUGGGUAUCACCUGGACCUAUUGUGGGUGGGCAUUCUGAUGGCAGUCUGCUCUUUUAUGGGUCUGCCAUGGUAUGUGGCUGCCACUGUAAUUUCCAUCGCUCACAUUGACUCACUAAAGAUGGAGAGUGAAUCUAGUGCUCCAGGGGAGCAACCGCAGUUCCUGGGAGUGAGAGAACAGAGACUGACAGGUAUCCUGGUCUUUGUGCUGACGGGUGUCUCUAUCUUCCUGGCUCCCGUCCUGCAGUUCAUUCCUAUGCCGGUCUUGUAUGGAGUAUUCCUCUACAUGGGUGUUGCCUCUCUCAGUGGCAUCCAGUUCUGGGACAGGAUAAAACUGAUCAUGAUGCCAGCGAAGCACCAGCCAGACUUUGCAUACCUGCGUCACGUACCACUGAGGAGAGUCCACCUGUUUACACUGGUGCAGAUUGUGUGCUUAGCUGUGCUUUGGAUCCUCAAAUCCACAUUCCUCGCCAUUAUCUUCCCUAUCAUGAUUCUUGGUCUCAUGGUGGUCCGUAAGAUGUUGGACAUGGUCUUCUCUCAACACGAUCUGGCAUGGCUGGAUGAUAUCCUACCUGAGAAGGAAAAGAAGAAAAAGGAUGAUGAAAAGAAGAAUAACAAGAAGGAAAAAAAGAAAGGCAAAGGAAUAGAAGACAGUGAAGAAGACGAAAAGUUCCAUCCCUAUUCAAACUGCUUGCCCAGUGAUUCUGACUUGGAUCACAGCAUCACUCUGCACCUGAAGAUCUCCUGUCCGCCGUCCCCGGCGAUGCCAAUGGUCAGAGGGAUGUCGUGCCCCGUUCCCCAGGUGAAGAUUGAGAUGGAGUCAGACUAUGAUGACACUGAUAUUAACCCUAGAAGCAGACACAGAGAACACAGGGAACACAGGGAACACAGAGAACACAGAGAACACAGAGAACACAGAGACCACAGGGACAUAAGCAGCGAAACUAUAUUAUAAUGACAGU